AGGUGAGACAAGCUGUCAGCUCAACUUCCUUCCUCAGAAGUCACCAUCAGCAGGAGGAGCUCACACACACCUUCUUACACACACCUGUCUGCAAACUCACUGCAACACAACACCAAGCAACAUGAGCGCCAGGGAUCCUCCGCCCUACCUCAACCAAGGAGACUCUCAGGGGACAGGAGUGAAGGCUUACCACGUGCACACCCCGUUCACCCCUCCUGGCCAAGAGGAGGUCGGCUCUGCCUCUGUGGCCAGACCAGUGUACACCAGUGGCGGGGGAGGCAUCAGUGGAGGGGGAGGCGGCAAUGAGCAAGACAGAAGGAAGUAUGUGAGCUACGAUGUAGGUCUGGGUCGUAGCCCUGGCAUGGCGACCUGCACGGCCUGCCAGCAGCAGGUCAUGACCAACAUCCAUUACAAAGCAGGGACGUACGCCUGGCUCAUGUGCAUACUCUUCAUCUGCUGUGGAUUGUUCCUGUGCUGCUGCUUGAUUCCAUUCUUCCUCGACAGCUUCAAGGACGCGUACCACACCUGCCCCCGCUGCCAAAGAGUCCUGCACGUAGAGAAGAAGGAGUGCUGUAAAUGAUAAACAGCUGGGAGAGAUUAACCCGUAGCGAUAAUCAGCGCCAUCUUGUCGGCUUUGUCUGCCUCUGGAUUCCCCUGAGACCCGGAGAAGCAAAUCGAGCGGUGUUUUUGUUUUUUUCUCAUAUUGGGACAUUGACUUGCUUACCGGUAUUUCUAUGGACAAACCGCCGAUUUUUACUCGAGGCAAAAAUGAAAAAAAAAAAUAAUAAU